GUCUGAUCCUCAACUUGGAACACAACAUCGAUAGACCUUUCCUCAUCAUGGCGCAAACGAUCAAGCUAGCUGACUACCUGUUUACCCGUCUGCGCCAGUUGGGCGUGGAAUCUAUCUUCGGCGUGCCGGGAGACUACAAUCUUCAACUGCUCGACUUUGUCGAGCCGGCGGGACUACACUGGGUUGGCACGUGCAAUGAGCUCAACGGCGGAUACGCGGCGGACGCCUACUCCAGGAUCAAGGGUAUCGCAGCGAUGAUCACCACGUUUGGUGUAGGCGAGUUGUCAGCGAUCAACGCCAUCGCAGGUGCAAACGCCGAGCUGGCGCCCAUCGUGCACAUAGUCGGCACGCCUAGUCGACAGCUACAAGAGUCGCGCGCGCUGGUGCACCAUACGUUCAACGAUGGAAACUACAGGCGCUUCGCCCAGAUGCACGCCCUCGUCACCGUGGCUCAGGCCAACAUUUCGGAUCCCAGGUCCGCCCCGGCGCAGAUUGAUAACGUGCUGGAGCAGUGCUUGAUACACCACCGACCGGUGUACAUCGAAGUGCCCAUAGACAUGGUCGGACUUGAGGUCGAUGCCUCGCGUCUUCAGACGAAGAUUGCGAUUCCAACGUCCGUAGAUCAGCCGACCAAGGAGAAGGCCUUGUCUGCCGUGCUAGAAAAAAUCAAGGCCAGCAAAAAGCCCAUGAUCUUGGUUGACGGUGAGAUCAGAGCGCACGGCAACGUUGAUGAGGUGCAUGAAUUCAUAAAGGCGACCAACUGGCCAACCUUUGUGGCAAGCUUUGCAAAAGGUCUGAUCGACGAAACGCUUCCGAACGUGCAUGGCGUGUAUCAAGGCCUGGUGAAGCCGGAGCAGAUGGAGUUUGUCAACUCGUGCGAUCUGGUGAUGUGCUUUGGGGAGCAUUUCAGCACCACGAACAGCUUUGGGCGAUCGGCCGUUCCAAAGCCCGACGUUGCCGUCUCGCUCAGGGCGACGAGCGUGCAGGUGGGCAGCGCAUUGUUCAGGGAUCUGCCCGCCAAAGCAUUCCUUCGAAGCGUGCUGGAUCAGCUGAAGGGCCAAGCCGUGCCGUCGACCACCUCGUACCAGAAAGCACAGACGAACGGGGCCAGGUCCGUUGCGGAACUGCCAAAAGACGAACAGAUCAAGCAGGACAACAUGCACCACGUCAUAUCGAGCUUCCUCCGCCCGGGAGACACUGUGUUGGCCGAGACGGGUACGGCGGGCUAUGUGGCGCGCGACUUCACGCUUCCGCAGAACACGAGCUACUUCGCCCACACGACGUGGCUGUCCAUCGGUUACAUGCUGCCAGCAGCGCUGGGGGCGGCCGUGGCUCGACGGGAGCUGCUGCGCAAAGCAGGCUCGGAUCCGGACAGCGGCAGGACGAUCCUGCUGAUCGGCGACGGAUCGCUCCAGAUGACGGUGCAAGAGAUCUCGACGAUGAUCCGCGAGAAGCUGAACGUCAUCAUCCUGGUGGUCAACAACAAGGGCUACCUGAUUGAGAGGUGCAUUCACGGCUGGAAGCAGGCUUACAACGACAUCGCCAAUUGGCGGUAUCUGGAGGCGCCCAAGUUCUUCGGCGCAGAGGAGGGCGAUUACGCUACGUGGCAGGUGAAGACCAAUGGCGAGCUAGCUGCGGCUCUGGAGAAUCCCAAGAUGAAGGACGGGAGGGGCUUGCGGAUGGCAGAGUUGAUUUUCGACCCUGACGACGCCCCGGAUGGGCUGUGGCGAAUGCUGGAGGUGUACGUUGGCAAACCGCGAGCGGAGAUCAUGAAGGGACCUUGAAUCCGUGCAAGAUCCUCCGUCCGUCGCACCCGUGCUUAUGUGUAGAUCUCCGUAGAAUAAGCGAUGACGGUGCCGAGCUGGUUAGAUUCGGCUCGGCCCCAGGUAGAGCCCCGAGGGCAAGGGCGAAUAAUGUUAAGCUCAGCGUUCUACUGUAGGCAGUACAAACGCGCCAAAACAGACAGCAGCAUAAGUGGCCUCAAGGCUAGUCAAAGACGACAACAGCGACAGGUGAGAACGCGCCUCAGGUUCGUGGUUCAUGCUGGAGCAUGGGCUCGCCUAUGUUAUGCGGCUGGCAUCUGUAGUCCCCCGAUCCUUGAGCGGUAGAGAGGCCAGGAAGGGCGUUGCACGAAGAUGACCUUUCGGGCGCUGCUGAAAACGCGUCGCGUGCUCGACCGACCAAGGAACGAUCCCCAUCUGCACGCGCCGAGGUGAGAGCGUCGAACAGAAAAACCACAAGGCAGCACUUCGCACCGGUCUUUCUCGUUACGUGCGUAGACGAAGGGCAAGAGGAAGGCAAAUGCGGGAAGAAAAGGCAGGCAGCGAUGCACAUAGCAAAAACGUGCGUAGCGCCGAACUCGACGCGGG